AUGCUGCAUGAUGUGUAUCAUAUUCUAGGGCUUCGUGUCGACGGUUCCAUGGUUUCCACUACUCCUAGCACGGACGUUUUACGGGACACGUGCUCGAUUGCCUUGGAUAUGACUGAGGAAGAGCUGAAUGAGAAGUGCGGUACCAAAACCGUAUGGCAGAUUAGUGGGGUCCUGACUGAGAGGAUAGUGGAGUCGACCUUGGAGGUGCAGAGGCCCUUCAGUUUCCAUUACAGGGCGUACCUGUGGUUAGUACUCGGCGGUUGUUUGUUUUUGGACAAGAGUGGAAACCGUACUCAUCUUUCCUUCCUCAACGAGCUGUUUGUUGAGGAUGUUCAGAUUAGUGAGUACUCUUGGGGUUCUGCUGUGCUAGCAUACAUGUACCGGCAGUUGGGUACAGCAUCACGAAGAGAUGCUGAUUCUAUCGCUGGCUGCCUUACGCUUCUGCAGGCGUGGAUCUACGAGUACUUUCCGUGUUUCCGGCCUCAGCAGCGGACCUUGACUAGAGAGCUUGCUAUUCCUCGUGCGUCCGCCUGGGAUGUUGGAUCGGGGUGCCCUAACAAGAGCAUGGAGCGCCUUCUCGCUUUUCGGGCUAGGUUGGAUCAUUUGACUGACAAUGAAGUUAACUGGCUACCGUACGGAGUUGAUCCAGCACGACGCGUGCCUGCUACUCUUUUCAUUGGCUGCAUCCAGUAUCGUAGCAUCAUUGAGCCAUACAUGCCUGAUCGAGUGGUUUGGCAACUUGGAUACGUCCAGGGCAUUCCACCAGCCAUUAUCAGGCCUGAGAAGGCUAAGAGACCGACGAACUUGAAGAUGUAUCGGGUUGACUUUCCGCCAGAGAUGACAUCUGUGAUGUGGACUCGGUUUGUCCCUGGUAUGUCUUUUAGUGUCGUGGUAGGUGCCCUCAGCAGACUUGGUGGUGGUGCUCCUACGGUCGGUCCUGGUUACAUGCAGUGGCUGUACCGAUUUUCUCAUCCACGUGUUUCUCCAGUUGCGUCAUCACAUGAGAGUCGCACACUGCCAGAGAGAACUAACACGGAUUACUGGAUGGGUCGGUCUAUGGAGGUCAUCAACAGGACCCUGGAGGAGUAUCCGAGCCUAUCGCGUGAUACAAGAAAGCAAUGGCUGAGGCGCUACGAGCUGAUUGGAGGGCGAUGAUGGGGUUGUGAACUUGCUGUUUUUUAUUUUUAUUUCCCUUGUACGCAUUUCGUUUAUGUACUAUUUAUUCGUCAUGUACUUUAAGUAUUGAACAACUGUUUUGGUGGUUUUGUAGAAAUUUUGUUUAAUUAAGUUCAAUUCGAUGCAAAUUACAUAACGACAACUGUUUAACAUAAAUGAAAGUACAACAACAUGUUCACUAUCUAAUUAAGGCAUCCCACAUGUUCCUUCUAGCUUCGUAACGCUGAUCCCAACCGUCAAC